CGUCACAGAUGACGGAACAAACAUGGAGGAAAAGACGCAGAACUCGUCCUCAGCAGGCCCGAAACAUCUUACACCUGCCCAGAAACAGCUGCUUAAAAGACAGCAGGAACUGGAAUAUUGGAAAAGGAACUCAAAACAAAUCCGAAGCCGUAAUUUGAUCACGGGACUGACCAUCGGAGCCUUUGUGGUGGGCCUAUUCAGCUACACUAUUCUCUCAGUCAGGCAGGAGAGAAUCAUGGACGAGAUUGAUGACGAGGCAAAGACCUUCGUCAUGAAAGGGCCUCGGACGGGGGCCAACUCUUAGUCUUGGUGAUUUUGAAGGAGCCGCAGGUGUGAAAUGUUGCCAAGACUGUCAACGUUUGUCUUGAUGUUUGAGACUGUUGAUCUUUUGCAUACAGUCGCAAUGAAAAUUUAUUUUCCAGUGGCCACAUUAUGAUACAAAGCAAAAUGCAAAUGCCUUCAUGAAUGCAUAUUUCACUAAGGAAUGAUUUCAAUAAAUUUGUAUUUAUUUGAUUCA